UUAAGUCUUUGAACUAACAUCUAAUAACUACUGCUGGUGGUAGGAUCUAUAUUCAUAUACUUUGCUGCAGAUUGAAUGGCAUACUAAUGAUAGAUAACUUCUGAUAUUUAUUUGUACGUUAAUCAUUAUGUUUAAUACAUUUCUUUCGAUUGAUACACGUUCCCGCAGCAGAUGUUAAAGUCUGUCUAUUUAGGCUUUUACUGGACUGGAGUAAUUUGACAUAUUUUACAAGUUAAAUGUGAGCUUAUUCUCAAAAAUCGACAGUACAAACAUAUACAAAUUAAUAAGUCAAAAUAUUUUAAAUCCAAAUUUACAAAACAAAAUUGCAAGACAAAGUAUCUGCAAGCAAUUAUUUGUUGCAACUCCCAGACUUCCUAUUGAGAAAGCUCAUUUCAUUGAGACAGAUUUGUUUCGAUAUGUUACAUUUUUGCUGUGGUGUCAUGUAGAGGGAAACAGCGCCCCCUCCUGGAACUUACGUGUCUGCAGUUAGUCUCAUGCCGGGCCAUCAAACUAUAGUCCAGAUGUUUCAGGAAAGAGAAAGAUGUUAAUGCAGAGAGAUGUGACAGGGAAGAGGAUGAGGAACAUCCCAUCCAUCCAUUAUCAACACCGCUUCAUCCUCAUAAGGGUCGCGGGGGCACUGGAGCCGAUCCCAGCUGACAUAGGGCGAAGGCAGGGGACACCCUGGACAGGCCGCCAGUCCAUCGCAGAGGAUGAGGAACAAAGAAGUAUAAAAGAGACGAGGACUCACACUGUGGGGAAAUAAAUAUCCAAAUAGUCAGUGAGAAGAGUUACAGGGCAGAAAAGAAAUGUGUGUUUGAACAGAAAGGUCGACAUUGUAACAUAAAGAUAUAAAAACAUGGCGACGUGUAAAUGCGAGGCGCAGAGAAACAAGUCAAACAGUUUGAGUUGAGUUUGGAUAGAGUGACACUGAGAAGGACUGAAAACCUGUUUGGGGGAAGCUGCCACAGGUUUGAUGGCACUCGGCAGACAUUGGGUUUACCCUGGAACGAAUGCCAGAUUCACACACCCUGUAAAAAAAUGAAAGGCAUCUUUUUUUGUUCUGAAGUGAAAGAAAAAGUAUUUGUCAUUCGUGGUUGAAACUUCAGACCUGAAAAGAAAAGACAGGUUGGUUGUCCUCUUCUGUCAGUGAUUGUAAGAUACAUUUAAAUUCCUCUGAUACACGAGGACCGUCUCGUCUGACUCCUCUGCAGUCAAAGAAAACACGUUACAGGGAUAAGGCGUUACUUUCUCGUUUUACAAAGAAAGAUGAGCAGCUCAAGAAAACGAUCGAAUGUCAAGGACGCAGAGCAACAGUCGAAGAAACAAAAAGUGACUCCUCAUUAUGGUCUGUAUAACCAGGGCGCCACAUGUUACCUCAACAGUGUCCUGCAGGUUCUCUCCAUGACAACAGAGAUCCACGACAGGUUGGAGCCCAGAGCCCAGAUCACAGAUCAAGCGCUGAAAAAAAUCUUUAAAAAACUGAAGGAAACAACGUGCAAAACAGAAAACAUCACACAGAGUUUAGGGAUAGAGGACGUUCUCCAACAGUGUGAUGCUGCCGAAUGCCUGGAGUUGAUUCUAAAUAAAAUCAGCCCACGCGCCUCUGAGGCUUUCCAAGGUCACCUGACGUACACGACCAGAUGCUCCAGCGGCCACAUCAUCAUCGAGGAGACAAAUCCAUUCUGGACUCUCCCGCUGUCCCUGAAGGACUCCCACGACACGACCUUCAGCGUGGGAUGCGACAUGGUGGCAUUUCCUCAGAUUCUGACUCUACUCCUCAAGAGAUUUGACUCCAUCAACAUGACGCAAACGAACCGCACUGUGGAUGUGCCACGUGCGUUAGAGAUAGAGGAGAGGACGUACGACCUGUACGGGAUGGUGAAUCACAUGGGCAGCCUGAGAGGAGGCCACUACACGGCUGUCAUCCUGUCCAGCGUCGACCACACCUGGUACGAGUUCGACGACACUCGCGUCAACAAGGUUGAGGAACAACCAUUUGCAGAAACCGGGAUUUACAGUUCCAGGACUGCUUACCUGCUCGUGUACAGAGCCUCGGGGAGUCCGAGAGACGAGGGGAAAGAACCGGGAGUAGAUGACCGGAGCGACACGAUCACUUUAGAAGAAAGCCAUGAGAAAAAAGAGGAAGUUUCAAGUUUCUCCGAGUCCACGAUCCAAGGCGAUGUUUCAGUCCCGAUCAACUCCAGUCGACAACCGCUGGACGGAAGUGUAGAGGUGGUGAUGCUGGACAAAGGUGAGAAUCCUCAGCCACGCUACAAGAUGCAUCCUCUUUGGAUUGCACUCAUCGUUGUCUUGGGUGUGUUGUUUGUGGUACUAAUUGUUGCUUUGCCAUUAGUGUUGUAGUUUACAUCAGCACCGAACACGGUGAUCAUAAAAAGGCAAUUAAUUACUCCAUAAUGUUAUUCAUUAACUUUGCUUCUUUGUAAGCAAUGCACUAAACCAUGUGAACGUCAUGAUCAGGGGCCACAAUCCACCGUCUAUUGUGAGUCACCUGUCAUCUUCAUCUCAGCCCAAUGCCUCAGUGUCUCUAUUCAUUCUUUUAUGUUGUAUUUACUGUCGUUUGUGUUUCUCACGACGCUUUUUUAGAAUCACUUAUUAUAUGUUGUGCUGGAAACCAGCUGAUAAACGUUCAACGGUUCACGACUCUGCUGCGUUUCCUGUGAAAUAAAAAUGCAAUAUUU